AUGAAGACAAUAUCUAUUAACAGUGUUCCCAGUUCCGAUAUUCCUUCCCAACAGGAACUACUAACUGAAAAAAAUCCAUCAACUAGCAAUGAAGAGGUAAAUGACCAAGGAAUAAAUAAAUCGCAAAAUUUAAAUCAUUAUAGUGAAGCUUUAGAAUCGGCCCAAAAUCAAAAAGAAAGGAUGACUUUACCAAUUUCAGAAUAUGAAAAUACAUCCACAAAAUCAUUACCUGACUCAUCAUUAUCUUCAUAUGAGCAAACUAUUCAUAUACCAAAUAUAAAUACCGGUCAGGAAAUAAUUGACGAACCAAAAGAAAUUAAUAAUAGUGAAUUACCACCACCUAAAAAAGAUAACAUUGUUCAAAAUGAAAUUAAUAACAUGGAACUUGAUUCUUCCAAAUUUAUGAAUUUUGAAUAUGGUCAAAUUUCACAACAACCAAAUUCCAAUAUAACUAAUUCUAUUUGGAAUUCCCAAAUUAAUAAUAAUGUAGACAAUUUAUCUGGUAAUAUUGAUCAAAAUUUUGAUAGAGAAUAUCGCUAUAAGUUUCGUAGUCGCCAUUCUCCAAAUUUCCGAAUAGGAAAUGAAAAAUCAGAUAAUGAUAAUAAUAAGGCCCCAUUUAGUUUGCGUAAAUUAACAGAUGCUGAAUUCCAAGCUCUGCCUUCAGGGUCUCGUUUGUUUUUAGGAAAUUUAUCCACUCAAUCAAUUUCCAAAAAAGAGCUUUAUGAUAUCUUUUCUCCUUAUGGAGAGGUUUUUCAAAUAUCUAUUAAAAAUAGUUUUGGAUUAGAAGUUUCUCACGGUAAGCCGCAUCGCCUUUCACCAAAUCAAGAUACUGGGUUUAAAACUAAUUCUGGGCAUCGUCAUGAAAAACAUUGGAACCAAAGAGGUGGUAAUAAAAAUAAUUGGCAUAAUAGUAAACGAGAAUAUUCACCUGCCAGGGGACAUCAUACUCAAAACCAUAAUGAUUGGAAUUAUAAUAAGGAAUCUAAUGAAAGAGAAUAUCGUCAUGAUUCAUACAGAGAAGAAUACCGUGAUCAAAGAGCUUCCCACAGAUCUAAACCAUACAAAGUUCCUAAUAGAGAUUAUUUAGAACAAAAACAAAGUCGUGAUAGUAGGUCACAAUCACAAGAUAAGACUAAUGAAGAAUUUCCUUUACCUAGAAGGCAAGGUAACGAAGUACCAGAAUGUCAAAUAAUUGCUCUUGAAGAAGUUGAUCGAGAAGCAAAUAUUUCUGUUCAUACACUUCAUUUAUCUAGAAAACUUCAAAUUCAAGCAGUUGUUCGUCAAAUGAUUGUAGAAGGAGUACAUGCUGUCAUCUUUUUGGAAAGAGUUCUUGCAAUAAACGGCAAGGUUAAUAUGCAAAUUUUUGAACAUCAACGUUUUCAAGACAAUGUAAAAUAUGAUGAAUAUAACAGCAUUAAAAUAGAAGAGGCGGUCGGAUUAUUGUUGCGAGCUCGUGUUUCAUCAGUUUCUGUUAAUAUUCAACCACUAGAUAAUAUAUUAAUGGGUGGGCAACAAAUUCUAUCCCAAACACAACAAGCUGCCCCAGUUACAGAACAAUCAAAUGCAGCCAAUAUUAAUCCAAACUCAUUAAAUAACGUUAAUUUUGCUGCACUUGCCAAUUUGCUUGGUAGUUUGCAACAAAAACAACCAACAGGUCCCCAAAAUGUUCAUUCUAUUCAAGGAAUACAAUCUAUGCAAUUAGUUCCACCUAAUACUAAUUUACAACAUCAGCCAGGGUUCAUACCUGUACAACAGCAAAAUUUUGAUAUACAACAAAUACUUAGACAUUUAGCACCUGCAAAUACUUCAAAUCAACAGCCAUAUAUGCAGGUACCCCCACAUAAUCUUACACAACAGUCUACUACUUAUAACACUUCAAUGAUCAAUCAGCCUCAUGUUGUCAAUCCAAAUGUUAUGCUUCCUAAUACUCUUCCUUUAUCUCAACAUCAAUCCCAACAUGUUGCGCCAAAUUUACAACAAUUUUCUAACCAAAUUCCUGGUAGUUCUAAUGUAUCGGAUCUUAUGGCACAAUUCAAUAAUUAUAAUAACCAAUGUUAA